AGUUCUGAAUAUUACACUCCUGACUUUUCUCUUCCUCAAAACUUUCGCGUCGCUCCUGCCGUCGAGAAUAACCACCACCACCGCCACCGCCACCGCCGAUUGAUAUUUCUACGCCACCGACCAACCUUUACCCCUCCUAACACCAGAAGUUAAGAACGUCUGCUGCCGCCUGCCCCUAAAUUCUAAUUGGAAUUCAAAAGAAUUUCUGGUUUUGUUUAACAUUAUACAAUGAAUAAUAUUGCUGUUGCGUCACCUCAUUUGUUAAAGAUACCAGCUUCCAUAAACUAUCAACGAAGACAUGGGAAAUUUCAAGGUUCCGAAAGGGUUAUAACUUCAUCGCUAAAAAUGGUAGCACCUCAUGAUGUAUCGAGAUUAAGAAUUUAUGCUUUUUCGAGAUUACGAGUAUGUACACCUUUUUUGGGUUCUAUAGGAAGUCUUAAAGCUAUAGGGUUUGAUUCUAAGAUGAAGGAUGCAAUGUUGGUUUACAAAGGAAAAGCUAGGAACGCUGUUGUGAAGGCUGUGUUUGAUCGAUUUACUGAAAAAUCAAUCAAAGUUAUCCUGCUUGCUCAGGAGGAAGCAAGGCGAUUAGGUCAAAAUGCUGUUGGUACGGAGCAAAUUUUGUUGGGACUUGCUGGUGAAGGAACUAGCAUUGCGGCUAAGGUUUUGAAAUCUGCAGGCGUUAGCUUGAAAAAAGCACGUAUUGAGGUUGAAAAGAUAGUUGGAAAAGGCAGUGGUUUUAUUCCUAUUGAAAUUCCGUUUAGUCCUCGAGCAAAGCAUGUUUUAGAGCUGUCACUUGAUGAGGCUCGUAAACUUGGUCAAAAUUAUAUUAGUGCAGAACACUUAUUUUUGGCAUUGCUUAGUGAAGGUGAAGGUGUAGCUGCCCGUGUCCUUGAUAGUCUGGCUGUUGAUACAAAAGAGAUUCGCGAGCAGGUUGUAAUCAUGAUGGAUGAAAAGGAGCCUAUUGCUCAAACCAGUGGGAACUCUAGUGAUAGUAUGGCCACAUUGCAAGAGUAUGGCACAAAUUUGACACAGAAGGCAAAAGAGGGAAAAUUGGAUCCUGUUAUUGGAAGGGAAAAGCAAAUAGAACGUGUCAUUCAAAUACUAAGUCGUCGCACGAAGAACAACCCUUGCCUCAUCGGAGAUCCGGGUGUUGGCAAAACCUCUAUUGCGGAAGGACUGGCGCUGUUAAUUGCUUCUGGUGAUGUCCCGGAAACAAUUGAGGGAAAGCAGGUUAUAACUCUUGACAUGAGCCGUCUUGUUUCUGGAACAAAAUAUCGUGGAGAGUUUGAGGGUAGACUGCAAAAGAUAAUGGAAGAAGUUAAAGAGUCAAAUAAUUUGAUUCUAUUUAUUGAUGAAGUGCACACACUGAUUGGAGCUGGGGCUGCAGCGGGGGCAAUUGAUGCUGCAAACAUCUUAAAACCGGCUCUUGCAAGGGGUGAAUUACAGUGCAUUGGGGCCACAACGCUUGAUGAAUACAGACUACACAUUGAGAAAGACCCAGCAUUAGAGAGAAGAUUUCAGCCAGUUAAAGUGCCUGAACCCACAGUAGAUGAAGCUAUUCAGGUCCUCAGAGGGCUCCGUGAACGAUAUGAGACUUACCACAAACUCUCCUAUACAGAUGAAACAUUAGUUGCAGCAGUAGAACUGUCUUCGCAGUACAUCAGUGAUAGGUUUCUUCCUGAUAAAGCCAUUGAUCUUAUUGAUGAAGCUGGUUCUCGGGUGCGGUUGUGUCAUGCUGCGCAUCCUGAAGAAGUAAGAGAGCUUGAGAAACAGGUCAUGCAGAUUGCAAAAGAAAAAGAUGCUGCUGGUCGCAUUCAAGACUUUGAAAGGGCUGCUGAGUUGCGAGACCAAGAACUCGACCUAAAGGUACAACUUUCUGCACUCAUAAGCCAAAACAAGGAACUGAAAGAGGCAGACAUGAACGAUGUUGGACCAGUUGUAACAGAAGCAGACAUAAGGGAAAUAGUUUUCUCUUGGACCGGUAUACCAGUUCAGAAAGUCUCACUUGAUGAAUCAAAGCGUCUUCUCAGAAUGGAAGAUAAUCUCCAUGGACGAGUAAUAGGUCAAGAUGAAGCUGUCAAAGCCAUCAGUCGUGCAAUUCGCCGUGCUCGUGUUGGCUUAAAGAAUCCUGACCGUCCUAUCGCCAGCUUCAUUUUCUCGGGUCCAACUGGUGUAGGAAAGUCAGAACUCGCAAAAGCUUUAGCUGCUUACUACUUUGGUUCCGAAGAAGCCAUGGUUCGCCUUGAUAUGAGUGAGUUCAUGGAGAGACAUACGGUUUCGAAGUUAAUUGGAUCUCCCCCAGGCUAUGUCGGUUACUCCGAGGGUGGCCAGCUUACUGAGGCUGUGAGGCGACGCCCUUAUACAUUGGUACUCUUUGAUGAAAUUGAAAAGGCUCAUCCUGAUGUCUUUAAUAUGAUGCUUCAGAUUCUGGAAGAUGGAAGGUUAACCGACAGCAAGGGAAGAACUGUGAACUUUAAGAACACCCUUAUGGUUAUGACCUCAAACAUCGGAAGCAAUGUGAUUGAGAAGGGUGGUCGGGUUAUAGGAUUUGAUCUGACAUAUAAUCAUACAAAUAGCAGUUAUAACAGAAUAAAGAGCCUAGUGAUUGAAGAGCUUAAGCAAUAUUUUAGACCCGAAUUUUUGAAUAGGCUAGAUGAUAUGAUUGUGUUUAGGCAGCUCACAAAGUUGGAAGUCAAGGAUAUUGCCGAGAUCAUGUUCAAGGAAGUUUUCAAGCGACUUAAAACUAAGGGCAUCGACAUACAAGUAACUGAGCGAUUCAAAGACAAAGUAGUGGAGGAUGGUUAUGAUCCGAGUUAUGGAGCGAGGCCUUUGAGAAGAGCUAUCAUGAGACUUUUAGAGGAUAACAUGGCUGAGAAGAUGCUUGCAGGAGAAAUACAUGAUGGUGAUUCUGUUAUUCUUGAUGCUGAUUUUAGUGGAAACAUCAUUGUGCUCAACAACACUAGUUCAAGCAUGUUUUCCUAGAUCCUUCCUAAGUAAAGUUUUGAUAUAUAGAAAUUGGAAAAAAGCUUGAUUUUUUUUAUCCAUAGGCAAUUCUUGAUUUCUUUUACCUUUUAAAAUUUUUAUCAUUUUGUUAACUUUUUAUCAAAUAUAUAAUUUUAUGGGAA